CUAGUCGAUCAAGUUUUUUGUUUUUGUUUCCAUCAAAUUCCACUGGCGGGAAAACACACUCAAAAAGUCCGCCCAAUUCCUCUUUUCAGCACAAACUAUAUAUCUUCUUUUUCACUCACUCUCACACAUACAAACACACACACACACACACACACACACACACAGUUCAAAGAGAGAAAGGAAAGAAGAUGUCAAGGUUCGAAUACCCUCGUCUUCCCCGGAGAGAGAUAAUCGUGGUACUAGCCGACUGCGGAAUCGCAACCGUAACCGAAGCCGAUCUAGCAAACCCUAACCCUGACUUUGUUUUCAAUCUCUACACUCAGUUACUCGUUCACCUUGAUAUUCUCAAGGGAGAAGAUAUUGGACUAAUUGAAUUUUCAAAACUAGAGCAUCUUGAGAACCCUGAUUUACAUGUAGAUUCUGUUCGAUAUAUGACUUUGUUUCACAAUAUUGGGAGUAUUCUGAAUUUUCUUGAAUGCCCUAAGAGGUUUUCUAUAAAAGAUUUAAUUAAGCCCGAUGCCGAACGUACCGAAUGCUUUGUUAGUGCCAUUCUUAACUUUUGUCUUCACAGAGACACAAGAAUGAAUGAACUAAGGCAGUUUGCGGAUGAGUUAUCCGUUCUUGAUGAACAACGAAAAGCAUUUGAAGAUAGAAUGUCACAGUUGACUUUAGAGUUAUCAGAGUUGAACGAAUCAAGAGACCGGGAGAUGCCUCUUAUUCAGGAACUCGAUGCUAAAAUCAAAGAGAUGCGCCAAAGUAUAUCAGCAUAUAAUAAACAUCAAAUGUCCUUGAAGGAAUCUAUUAACAAAAAGAAGGAAAUAUCAAAAGAAAUGGAGGAGGAGAUUUCUAGUGCUGAGUUUGCUCUGAGUCAAAGUGUUCAAGAAAAUGCCCGUCUCCGCUCAAAAAUUGUCCAGUCUCCAGUUAAACUACAGAGGGCAUUGGAAGAGAAAAAAGCAGUUCUAGUUGAGGCAAAGAAUGCAGAGAGAGCAGCAAUGCAGUCCUAUCAUGAGCAAUCUGCUGUACUUGAAGUUUAUACCAAGGCUAGCGAGAAAAUGAACAAACAUUUGGAGCAAAUGCAGACGUUGCAAGAAGAGGUGAAUUCAGCCAAACAGGUUGAGAAAGAUGUUAAGUUUCUGAGAGUUAAGAUCAGGGAUCAGGAGUUGCUGGACAAACCACUUGACGUGAAACUGUUUGAACUGCAAGGCAGAGCCGACCAGUUGGAGGAAUUAGUAAAACUGACGGAAAAAGAAAGAGAUGCCAGCUGUGAAGAGGCUUCCAAAGAACUUAACAACGUGAAAUCACAGUUGGAAUUUGAUCGCCGUGGUCUAGAACAAAGGCGAAGGAAUGUAGAAGCUUUAGUUGUGGAGGCGGCUGCUAUCAAUGAAAAUGUCAAUAAGGUAAAAGAAGAAGCAACAGCUAGAAAGCAGAUGUUACUAAGUAAAGCUCAAGAGCUCGCUGAAGAGUUUUUCAAACAUUCAAAUGCUACUGGGCCAGUUAUUUCUCAAAUAGAGGCGCUAGAUGUAGAAGAUCCAUGAUCAUUUGAAGCACAACCGUUGAAUCCAUUCUUAGGUGGAUUAUUCUUCGCUAUGAAGCUUACUUCUAGUUAAUCGUUUGACGUUGUAAUUAGAGUUAAAUUAGUCUAAGAUAUAUGAAAUGUAUGCACUAAUACAUAUAUGAUACCACUUUAAUGUUUACGUUUUUUAACUACUUGCAUAAACUUCAUAGCAUUUAUUAAACUCAAUUUGUAUUCAUUACAUGCGUUUUGUGUAAUU